CCCCAUCGGCUUCGUCAAGGUUAACAUACCAUGACAGGCGAGCGCCAACUCGGCGUCGCUGCAAACUGUAACAAAGCCGCGUGGAGGCGCCCGUCUUUAUGGGCGGCGGCAUCCACUCUUUUAUGUGUGUAUCGUUCUUGUCCAUUGAUCUCGCACUGAACUCGUUUUGCUUCCGUCAGCGGGCACGCAAGACAGGUCGACCGUGCUGCAUGGCACUCACAGUUCCAGUGGACCUUGCGCUUCAAGGGAUUCGACAGUACGACUUUCGUCACGUGCAUGCCGCUUCCAAACGUUGGCUUCAUCGAGCUAUGCUUACCUCCUUCUCUCAAGUCAUCUUCUCCCUGGAAACAUGUCUUUGGUUGUCGUUCCAUGGACUUCCCCCCUGAACAACGUUCUCGUUGGCGGGUGGUGCAUAGGCUUGUCGUCUACCAAGGACAAUGGACGAGUGCGACAUUCAUUUGUCUGGGAGGGCUGGCUGCUCAUUGCAUCACUGCCUGCAGCUGUCAUCCCAAAAUGUUUCCCCCGAAAGAGCUCCUCGGGGCGGUGGCGCUCGCUGCGGUCCAAGCACACCGCCGAGUCUUGCUUUGAACGCACGGAAUCAACUCAGACACACUUACCAAGCGCCAUUGCCCAGAAUCGUCCGAUUCCGAUGGAAAUUCCAUCCAAAUUCAAAAGUUUGAGCUAAAUCGCUUUGAUUGGGUAAAAUUUGGAGGAUGCCGAGGCCAUAUCACUGAAAAUGCAGCAAAACCGAUUGCAUUUUUAGCGAAUUCAAUCGAAAUUGUUCGUGG